AUUUUACAAUUAAGAUUGUAAUUGGAUUUUAAAAAUCAAAUCCCUCUUUUAAACUUCAUCUGUACAUCUCAAUAUGAAUAUUGGGCAUUAAAUCUCAUAAUUAAGGAUAUUUAUGUCUUUUAAUCACUACCCUUCUUGCAGCAUUAGGAAUUAUCUAUCUAUCUAUCAAUAUAGAUAUUGGAUAAAAUUAAAUUUCAUAAUUAAGGGUAUUUAUGUCUUUUCAACAGAGCUGAGAUGGCAGUUCAAUGUAGUAAUCGUUAAUUACAAAGAUACUAUGUAAAUACUUGAAAAUUGGUGGCCCUGUUGGAUAUUAUGACCGUUGUGAGCUUUAAAUCUUUGUCAAAAAUACACGUGUUCAUCUUAGUCGAUAUUAUCGUGCUUCCGGCUGUAUACGAUUCCUCUCUCACCAUCUAUUUUCGAAUUUUAAAACUUGAAAAAACCAGCUUUUCUAGCCGUUAGAAGUUGUAAAAGAUGAUUCACACUUUCACUCAACUCAACCAGAAAGGACAAAAACAAAACAAAACAAAAUCAUCUCGUUUCACCGCUUUAUCUUAUCUUGAAUCUUCUGUUUCAAUAUUUGAAUCUUGUACAUAAUUCUUCCAACCCGGUUCAGAUUUUUGGUUUGUCAACCCCUGAAGGCUGAAUCCCGAGAAAAAAUAUGAAGGGAAUGAAAGGAAAGCUGCUCAAGAAGCUCAAAGCCAUUCAACCGAUCGCUUAUAAUCUGAAGCCUGAGAGAAUUCUUAUGGUUAAUGCGGUAGAUGGGUUGUUUGAAACAUUUACGAAGAGUCCACCCAAUAAGGAUGUGAAGGAAUCGCAGUUUGUGCCAAAGGAAUUAGAGGAAGAGGAAAAGAUUGGAACUUUUGUGGAGCCUGAUGUUAUUGAUGUGGCUGAGCUUAUGAAAGACCUUGAAGAAGAAGAUGAUGAAAUGGAAGUUGAAUUUGAUGAUGGUGAUGAUAAAGAGAAUGUUGGGUUGGCACUAAAGAGAAAAGAUUCAGUUUCUUGCAAGGAGAAUGUGGAGGUCUUGAAGAAAUCAGAGAAUGGUUUUUGUAGAGAAACAAGGGCUUUGUCUGAGAUUGAUGUCAAUUCUUUUAGGCGACCGGAUAUGAAUUCUGGAAGCCUCUUCGAUCCGAAUUUGCUAGCCGCCUUUGAGGAAGCUGUGAAUGUGCAUAUUACGAUGAGUCACGAAGAGAGAAAAGCUAGAAUUGAGAAGGAAAAUAUAGAUAAAAUGAGAGAAGAAGAAGAAAGAAAGUCAAGGAUUGAGCAGGAAAAUCUUGAACUUGAACAGAUUGAAGAAGAACCCCCACAUAAAUCUCGCCGCAUAGACGAAGAAGAAGAAGAGGAUGAUGCCAACCCCUUACUAGCCUUUGAAGAGAAAUGUCCUCCGGGUGGUGAUGAAUCAGUAAUUCUGUACACAACAACAUUGAGAGGAAUAAGAAAAACCUUUGAGGAUUGCAACAACAUUCGGUUUCUUCUAGAGACUUUUCGGAUCAAACACUACGAGAGAGACGUGUCGAUGCACGCAGAAUUCAGGGAAGAGUUGUGGAGAAUCUUUGAUCACAAAGCAUUACCUCCAAGGCUUUUCAUCAGAGGAAGAUACAUUGGUGGAGCUGCAGAGGUUUUAGUGUUGCAUGAACAAGGAAAACUCAGGCCACUCUUUGAAGGAAUCCCAAUUGAUCAAUCCAGUGGCCCUUGUGAAGGAUGUGCAGGAGUGAGAUUUGUGCCUUGUUUCAAGUGCAGUGGCAGCCAUAAGAUUGUUGAUGAUGCAGGAAUGUCAACAGAAUGCCAAGAUUGUAAUGAAAAUGGGUUGAUUAUUUGCCCCCUUUGUUGCUGAGAGAGAUUGUCAUUAUGUGCAUUUUGUUGAUUUUUUGUAUAUCACUGCAGUGAUUCUUAUUUGUAUCUUGGUUAUGGGGUGGGAGUGGCAUUGCUUCAGUCGUAUUCUUCCAAAUACUUUUGUAUGGUUGAAGCAGAAGAGUUGCUUCAGAUAAUUGUUAGAGUUUGUGGAUUGGAAAUAGAGCUUUCCAUAUUCACCUUGUAAAAUUCAUAAAGAAUAAACUUAAAAUGAUUUUGGGGUCUA